AUGAUUUUACAAUCAUUUCAUUCUGAUUGUUUGCAGUUUGCAAACUGUUUACAUUUUGCUGAAAAUCAGACUGAGACCUCUGCUCAAGAGUCACGGUUGGGAUCAAAUUCCAAUACAUCAGAAGCAAAUAUGACUGAGAAGAGUAAGCCAGGGCAUAUGAAGCACCAGAGUAUGACAAAGUUCGAACUUGCAAAGAGGGGACCCACACAGCAUACUUCAAAGAAGACUUUUUUGCAGCACGAACACACUACUAUUUGCCCGGUUGAAGAAUCAGAGAUGAUACCCAUGCAUCAAUCAUUAAACUCAGAGGAGACCCAGCAAAGGGAACCGUCAACUUAUUCACAGCUUUUGUCACUACAUCAACUUCAUAAUUGGGUAACUGGAUAUGAAGAGGCAAAUGUUAAUUUCUAUUCCCCUCAAUUGUGCCAUGAAAUAAUUAAAACAAAGUCAAAUAAGGUACAUACAGGCAUUCACUCAAAAUAUGUGAAAGGAGAAAUUAUUAGAUGUCGUGUGAAACACAUCGGUCCUAAUGCUAUGAUGAUUGUAGCAACUAAAAACUUGCUGACAAACCAACCGGUAAUAGAGCUAAAAGGAAAAUAUAUGCUUCCUUAUGAACUUAUGUCAGAUAAGCCAACCUGUUCACACAGUGUAAAUUAUGAAACUCCUAGAGGACCUUUUAUUUUUUCAUAUGAGAUACCGGAGCGAGGGCUCUUUGUGUGUGUUGACACUAGACGAUAUGGUAAUGAUGCAAGAUUUGUACGGAGGUCCUGUAAACCAAAUGCGCAGAUUAAACAUUGCUUCAAACAAGGAAUGAUACACCUGUAUAUAGUUGCAAUAAAAGGUAUUGAAAGAAAUUGUGAGAUAACAAUUGCCCAUGAAGGAAUGCUGCCAUAUGCUUGUAAUCAGUCAUGUAAUAUUUCCGAAAACAUAUCAGGGUCUGCCGUUAAGAUGCCUAAAAAAACCACAGACUUGGGAAAUGAUUCUGGCAUGAUGGCUGAUUCUAAUUAUGUGACUGAUGGCAGUUCACAACAACCAAUUCACCCAAUACCAAGCUGUUCUGUUGUGCAGCAAAUGACUGUUCAAGUUAAGAAUAAGAAAAGGAAGACAAGUAAAGCAGCAACAAGGAAGCAAAACCUUACUAAAAAACCAUCACAAAAGAGACUGAACAGCACCAAGGGUUCAAGAAAACAGAGAUCAUCGUUCUCAAGAAAUGGAGUGACUUUGGUGGCAAGCAGUUCAAUAAAUCAGCCUCCAACACAGGGAUUAGCAUCAAAUGUCAUAAACAAUGAGACACAACCACAUCAUGACAUUGCUGAAAUGGAACAAGUUAUGUUAAAUGAUCACACUCAACUCCAAUUAAGAGCACUGAGAAUUCCUCAUGAGGGACCACAGAUAGCCAACUGCAUCCAUUCAUCUGAUUAA